AGUUCAAGGAAAUAGAACUUCAAUGGUGAAUGGUAGGCCUUGUUUUGCUGACGAUUUUUAUGACACGCAGCAAUGUGGAAUUCUUGAUUAUAAUGGCUUGGAUUCUUCUCAGUUAAGUAAUCCCAUGUUGGAGAUGGAUUUAGCAUAUAAACUUCUGAUGUUAAAUGGAAAUGCUAGAGGAAUGCCAAAUACUUGUGUUAAUUUAGGUCGACCAAUGUUUUCAGUGACAAAUGCAGGGGAAGUUGGAGCUCCCGGUUGUGAAGAUAGCUUCAUUGUGGAUGGUGCAGGGAAAUGUUCGAAAUUUGUAGCUGAAAAGAAAUCUAAUCGAUCAAAGGGUGACAAGAAGAGUUCAAGGAAUGAGGCAGUUAUGUCAAAGUCAGGGAGAAAGAUCUAGUUUUGGAUUUUGUAAUGCAAUGCCAAGGUGUUUGUGCAAAUAGCGCUGGGCAUGCUCAAUCACAACGCAAAGAAUUAUGUGAAGAUGGUUUGAGGCCAAGGAACUGUAGCUCAUUACCCGCACAGCUAUACUAUAGGUCACCAGCAGAGUUGCAAGGUUACAUAUAUCCAAUGUGCAAGCAUCAGUUGGGUUGUCGGUUCUUGCAGAGGGUUUUUGACGAAGGAAAUAGUCAAGAUAUUCAAAUCAUAUUCACUGAAAUUAUUGAUCAUGUUGUUGAACUCAUGGUUGAUCCAUUUGCAAACUACCUUAUCCAGAAAUUAUUAGAUGUCUGUUCUGAGGAUCAAAAAUUGGUGAUUGUGCUUAAGCUGACUAAUAAGCGUGGAGAACUUGUUGACAUUUGUAUGAACACACAUGGUACCCGUGUAGUGCAAAAGCUGAUAGAAGCCAUCAAAAGCAGGCAGCAAAUAUCACUGAUUAUGGUAGCCCUGAAACCAGGUCUGCUUGAUCUCAUUAAAGACCAAAAUGGAAAUCAUGUAGUGCAGAGAUGCUUACAGUCCCUUACCAUUGACCAAAAUAAGUUCAUAUUUGAUGCUGCUGCAAAGUUUUGUGUUGACAUUGCAUGCCAUCGCCAUGGGUGCUGUGUCCUGAAUCGGUGCGUUGCUUAUUCAAGUGGGAAGCAUCGAGAAAAGUUGGUUUCGAGCAUUUCCGCUAACGGGCUUCUCCUAUCUCAAGAUGCCUUUGGAAAUUAUGUUAUCCAAUACAUCAUAGAGCUUAAAAUUCCAUCUGCAGCUGCUACCUUGCUUUCUCAGUUUGAAGGUCACUUUGUAUUCUUGUCUAUGCAAAAAUUUAGCAGCCAUGUUGUUGAGAAGUGCCUGCGAUGUCUCAAAGAUAGCCAGCCUAGAAUCAUCACAGAAUUACUAUCUGUGCGCCAUUUUGAUCAAUUGCUUCAGGACCGAUUUGCUAAUUAUGUCGUUCAAUCUGCACUUGAAGCUACUAAGGGGCCUCUCCGUACUUUAUUAGUUGAGGCAAUCUGUCCUUACAGCGAAAUUCUGCGCACCAGUCCCUACUGCAAGAAGAUCUUCUCACGCAAUCUUCUGAAGAAGUGAUGUUGGAAAUGGUGGUCAACUGCUGUGGUUUUUAGAAAAAAUGCUACAAACUUUGUGAAUAAGUGUUAAAUCUCUUUUUGGUGUGGCCUUAUGUAUAUUACCUGACCUCGUUUCCUUCAUGUUCAAGUGUGGUGACAACUUCAACCUUAGCCUGAGAGAGAGUACCCAAACUUGUGACUCUUCCUUAUGUUGUAGUGUUACUUGUCAAAUACUUACAUAGGAGAUAAUGCAGGCAACGAAGCUUCUGUUGUUA